UAGUGAUAUGUAAAAUGUUUAAUUGUCGAACAUUUGCAAAUGCCACACAGUUUUUUUGCCACGUUGAAUUCAGUUACAAAGAAAUAUUAAAGAUUUAGGUUUGUUCAACUGUUCUCUUCUAUUAAUUACACGAAAAAAUUGAUCACCGCAACACCGUGUAUCAAUGAAAACAGGAAUUAAUAUCAACUAUAUUAGUUAAUCAUUCUCUUCGAAAACUAAUAUCAUUCAUUAAUUAUGACAAGAAUUGGAAUCUUCUUCUUACUAAUUUCAUGGACCUAUGUUGAAAAUUGUUACCUAUCUGAUAGUGAAUUAACAGAAUUGGAAAAUGCUUUCAUUGAAGCCGAAGAUUAUACAACAAGGAUAGUUUCAAACGAAGACGCAAUAAUUUGCGUAGGUGCUACAAGAGCAGGGAAGAGUACAUUAAUUAAUUACUUGAUGGGAAAUGAAUUAAAGGGCUUUAAAAAUUCGAAAUAUGCUGAAUAUAAAAUAAUUAAAGCUAAUAGUGAAUCAAUAGGACCGGAAAUUGGCCAAGGACCAACGUCAAAAACUACAAUUCCCACAAAAUGGACAUCGAAUAAAUUGAGUGGUUUCAGUAUUUAUGAUGCUCCUGGAUUUGAUGAUAAUAGAGGACCAGUGCAAGACAUCACUAAUUCUUUUUAUCUUUAUCUAUUAAUGAGAAAGGUUAAAUCUUUAAAAUAUGUUUUAGUUAUUGAUUUUAAUGAUAUUGUACGCAACAAUAUUCGACCACUCUUAAAAUUUUUGUAUGAUUUUGAAAACAUUUUUCGUGAUAAGUUUGCAUUUUUCAUUUUAAGCAUAUCAAUUAUUUUCUCAAAAGUACCUUAUGAAUUGGACGGAGCAAAGGUUGACAUUGAAAUGAUAAAAUACCUAUUAAAGGAAAAAGCUGUUGUAAUUGAAAAUUUAUCUUCCACUAAUGUAAACAAUUUUCUUGAUUAUAUAUUAAAUAAUAGUAGUCAUCUUGCAUUGUUCAGAAAAGCAAAAAGUAAUAAAAUUAAAUCUUCUGACAUCGACUUUAAUAUUUUUUCUGCUAUUAGAAACACUAAAAGCGUAAAUAGUAGCGUUCUUCAAAAUAUUACUCCAACUGCUUCUAUAGAAUCUUAUCUUUGUCUGUACCAUGCCAAAAACAAAUGGAUAUCGAUAUUGGAAUUUUUAAAACUACAGAAAUCUUUAUUAACAACAUGCAUUGAUAUGCUUUCGAAAUGGGAAAAAUCAGUUAUGAAUUCAAAUGGUUCUAGUAAUAAUAAUGUUAAAGAAAUACAUAAAUUAUAUGAGAUUAGAAAUUUACUGAAUAAUUCCAUUAAAAAUGAAGCUGAUGUUUACAAAAUAAUUGAAAGUAUUGGAAAAAUUAAUGAUAAGAUUAAGAAUAAGAUUCAGGAAUCUAAUUUGUUAAGAAAAAUUAAAAUAUUUUACUUUGUUUCACGUUUAGUGAAGUCGAAUGACAUGCAAGAGUUUCAGAGUUCUUUUGAGGAUCUAAGAUUUUCUUUACUUACAGCAAUUGAGAAAGGAAUUCAAAAAGUUGCGAAUUUACGUAAGAAUAGACCAAUUAGAAAUGAUUUGAGUGUUGGAGAUAAAGUGAAAUCUAAUUUCUUCUUGUUAUUAGGAAUGAUAAUUAUGUUUCUUAUUUUAUAUAAAUCGUAAUGAUAUUUCUAACUAACGAAAAAAUAAAAUGUUACUUUAAAAUGCCUUGGUUGCAAUGUAAUAAAUUUUAUUCGUUUACGUAUCUGCAUUAUCAACUCAAUUAAAGUUACAUUAUAUGUUCUUGAAGUUAGUGAUCGUUUAUUAAUUCAAUAUUUUUAAGUAAAAUGCUUAUCGUUAUCGGUCUUUUUUUUAAAAGGAAAUUAAUUAAUUAAUUAAUUAAUUAAUUAACUUUUAUUUAUUCUUAAAAAAAUUUUUUUAUUUAAAAAAUUCUUUUCUGUUUUUUAGUCCUGAAAAGUGAAUUCUUACUUUUAAAAAAAAAACACAACCCAUAAGCCUUUUACUGAAAAAUAUUUAUCUUACAUUAUGUUAAUUUGAUGUUUCGAUCGUCGUUUGUAGCUAGAAUAUAUACAAUAAAUAAAAUAAAUAUAUAAUAUA